CUCCGAAAAUCUAUCAUCUUCCCAAACAUGAAAUUGUGUCAAAAUCACUCUCCUUAGAUAUCCAAUCCGACGGGCCCAAUAAUACAUUCCUGAUCCAUACCAUACAUUUGUUUUGAAAAUGGGUUUUUGGGCUCCCCAGUUUGAAAAGAAAGUGGGCCAAUAAGACAUCCAGUCCAUUUCCCUCUAUUGCUGUCUCAUUCUUGCCGGUCUUCUCUCUUCAUUCUUUUCCUUCCAAUUUCUCCCUCCCAAAUUCUCUACUGUCUCGCUUUUGUUGAGACUUCUCUGGACUCCCAUCUCCUCUUUGCUGGAAACAGCAGAAGAAGAAAAAACACUUCCUCCUUUACUCUUCCAAUCUUCCAGUCCCCGCUGUAAUUAUUGAUGAGUUUUCUGCUCGUAAAGACUAAGAAUUCCUUGAUGUGGAUGUUGCAGCAGCAAGCAAUCUCAUACGACGAGCCCAUGCUAUCUUUGUCCCUUUGCAUUGCUUUUACAGUAAGUUAUGCUUUUCCCAUCUUUUAUGUUUAAUUAGCCACUCCCCUUUGAUUGAUUAUGGAGUUUCCUAGUUUGAACCCUGUUGCUAGUCGAUGAGAUUCCCAAAGGAAACUUCACAAAGUCACGCAAGUAUGUUACUUUGUUUCUUUCUCCUUUCUGGGUCUUCUUCCAACUGUGGAUUUCCUGCUGGGUUUUUAACUGGGAGUAGCAGGAUCAUUUCAGGAGUUCUACAGAGAUGCAGGUUGGAGUUUAGUUGGCAGUUUUAAUAUAGGGAUUAAUCCAAUUGAUCUUGUGUUUUGUAGGGUAGAAUUUGACUUGACAAGGCAGUCUAGAUAGAGACACUGUUCGUUUGUUUGGUUGUAUUUUGUUUUGAAAUGAAAAGGUUCUGCCGUCUGGUUUAACAUCUGAUCCCCCUUACUUUGAGACCUGUGGGCAUUACCGGUCUUUAUUUUAACCUUUCCUCAUUGUUUUCUCCACUUCCAAUAUGAGGAUAUAGCUGAGUUUCCGUGUCUGUUCAUUGGUUACAUCUAUUUGAUCUUUCCCCAUCGUGUUUUCUCCCUAACUUCCAAUCCAAGAAUCUCUGCAGUUUGAGCCUCUAAAGGGCUUUUACAUGUAAGUUUGGAUUAUACUUCUAACUCUGUAGGCAACCUUGAUGACAUUUUUCAGUGAUUCUGCCAAGUGAAACUCUUUCUCUCUUCCUAUUUCUUAUUAAUUAGUCUCUUAGUUAACAUCUAAUGUUAUUUGUUUCUAUAUUUCUGCAAUUUGGUUAAAACCAAACAUUUGAUCUAUCUCGUGCUUCUUUGCAACCAGGCCGCCUGUAAUGAAUCUGCUUGGAUCUGAUUGAAAGCAUGGCAUGUGCCACUAUUGUGGUGAAGAAAAUCUGAAGGUUGAAGGAGGAGAAAGGGAAUUAGAGAAAGGAAAUUGUCUUGGUGUAAAUGUUCUGGAGCCAAGAUGGUCUUGUAGACUAUGUCGGGGAACCAGGAUAGUUUUUGCCGUGUAAUGACAAUGACGAGUUCACCAUCCUCAUUGUCUUUCAAUGAUCGAUCAUUGUCUACCAGCAGUGAUUUUUCUGUUGAUAUGAAUUCACAUGAUCGGGGAAAUGAGCAGGAAGGCACUUUAGACUGUUCUAGGGACUGUGUCGGUUAUGGGCUGAGUAGGCAACUUUCUAAGGAAAAGCUGCAAGCCCCUGUAUGCGGUGACCUGUUGCAUAGAAUUAGAAGCAGCAUCCAUAGAGACAUAGCGAGAGAUGUUGAAAUCAUGGAAAUGAGUAAUUCUCAUGAAAUUGGAGACAAUCUCACUGAAAAUAAUUCCAAAUCCUGCAAUGAGAUUGCUCAGUGUCUGGUUGAUGAAAUUGAUCCACAAGAGUGGGAGGCCCCCGAACCUGAGGACCCUUUGGAUGAUGUUGAGGCUAGUUUUCCCCUGAAUGAUGAUGACGAUGAAGAUGAAUGUGAUGAUGGCAUGAAAUGGGGUCAGCCGGGAUCUUUAACUUCAGAGGCCAGCAUUGGGAGCUACAGGUUGAAAGAAGAGAAGCAAAAAGCGAUGGAAGAAGUGAUAAAUGGGAAGUUUAAGUCUCUAGUUAAGCAGCUCCUAAAUACAGCAGGUGUUGACCUUAUGGGCAAUGAGAUGAAUAAUUGGGUAGAAAUAGUGACUUCCUUAUCAUGGGAAGCUGCCUCAGCUUUAAAGCCUGAUGCCAUCGAAGGGAAGGCUAUGGAUCCAGAUGGCUAUGUGAAAGUAAAGUGCGUUGCCACUGGUUAUCCUAAUGAAAGUCAAGUUUUCAAUGGAUUGAUCUUUAAGAAGCAUGCUGCGCAUAAGCACAUGCCUACUGAGUACAAGAAACCAAGUUUGCUGCUGAUCAGGGGUGUGCUUGGGGAAUCUGAAAGUGGGCUGUCAUCAUUUAACACAAUGGAUCAGGAAAAGGACAAUCUGAAGUCAGUUAUUGAUUCGAUUGAAAUGUGUGAACCAAAUGUGGUUCUGGUAGAGAAAUCUGUUUCUCGUGAUAUCCAAGAGUCUGUCCUUGCAAAAGGAAUUACAUUAAUCUAUGACAUGAAGCUUCACCGCCUCGAAAGAAUUGCUCGCUGUACUGGUUCACCAAUCCUAUCAUCAGAUGCUUUGAUAGCAACUCAAAAGCUAAAGCAUUGCAAAUCCUUUCAUGUUGAAAAGUUUGUGGAGGAAUAUGCUACUGUUGGUGAUGGGGAAAAGAAACCGAAUAAGACUCUGAUGUUCAUCGAGGAUUGUCCUACUCGUCUGGGCUGCACAAUUUUGUUGAAAGGGAGUCAUAGUGAUGAAUUGAAGAGGAUUAAGCAUGUGGUGCAGAUAGCCGUUAUCUGGGCAUAUCACAUGAUUCUCGAGACCUCAUUCAUCAUUGACCGGAAGGGAAUGUUCUCCACUUUCAUACCAUUUCCCGAAGCAGCAGCUGAGACUUCAAAUAUAAAUCAGCAGCAUUCUCAGUUGGGGGUUGGUGAUUCAGGCAUUUACCCAGUAGAAGAGGUGACAUCAGGUGAUUCUGCACCUCCUACCAUUGAUAUUCCCAUUAAUAGUGGAGAUAAUGUAGUAGAAGCUUUUCGUGAUUCGAAUGUGGGAUCAGAACCAACUCCCAGAUUUCCUUACGUUCGAUAUAAUUCCCCUGCAAUAUUUACUGGCUUUUCCUCUCUUUCUGCCUCACUAAAGAGAGUAAUAGGUUCUGUUCCACCUUCAGACCCAUACCAGUCACUUUUUAAUUAUCUUGGGUUCCAAAGGAAGGAAGAUAUUGGUCAGGUUACAGAAGGCGUUCCAGUGGAUGCUACUGUCCAAUGUGAUGGGGAACCUAAUGGUAGUUUUGACAAAGAGCUAUCAGCUGAUAGUCUAGAUGGUGUAAAAGAUGCUGAGAGCCAGGAAGAAUUAAAAAGUGAAGGUAAUGUGAAUCCAGUAUUGGAUUCUCAAAGUAUAUUGGUACUGAUGUCUCGCCGAAAUGCUUUAAGAGGCUCAAUGUGUGAACAUAAUCACUUCUCUCACAUCAUGUUCUACAAGAAUUUCGAUGCUCCCCUGGGGAAGUUUCUUCGUGUAAAUUUGCUCAAUCAGAGAAGCCAUUGUAGCACUUGCGGAGAAUUGCCAGAAGUGCACUUUUACUACUAUGCGCAUCAUGAUAAGCAGCUUACUAUAAGGGUUAAGCGGCUUAUGAAAGCUUUGCCUGGGGAGGCAGAAGGAAAGCUUUGGAUGUGGAGCCGGUGUGGUACAUGUAAAGGGGACUCGAAAUCUACAAAAAGAGUCUUGGUUUCUGGAGCUGCACGAAGUCUGUCUUUCGGGAAAUUCUUGGAGCUGAGCUUUUCUGACCAAUCUUCGUUUGGUAAAAGCUCAUCCAGCUGUGGCCAUUCUCAGGAAAGAGAUUUCCUCUACUUCUUUGGAUUAGGUCCAUUUGCAGCAUUAUUCAAAUAUUCUCAAAUGACAACCCAUACCAUCUCUCUGCCACCUCAAAAACUGGACUUCAACAAUUCAGUUAGACAUGAAGGUCUGAGACGCGAAUUCGAGGAAGUGUACUCGAAAGGUAUAUUACUCUUUUCUGGGUUAGCAGAGGCUUUGAAAAAUUUAAAGUCUCAAUUUGGAAGUACUGUUCUGAAGCUUCACGGAUCAUUGGUAGGAUUCUCUGAUAUUGAAGAGAUGCUAAAGCAGGAAAUGUCCGAGUUUGAGGUGAAUAUUCACAAUGCCGCUGCUAACCAUGGGAAAUCAACCGAGACUGGGAACAAUCUUCUUUCAUUGAAUCACUUGUUGUGGGAGCUUCUCCUCGAGUCAUACAUUUGGGAAAGACGUUUGCAUUCUCUUCUCCUACCCGAUCCUUCAUUACAUAGCACUGAAGGAAACACGACCAUUUCAGAUGGCAACAAUAAAGCUGCCAUAAAUGGAGAGAAUUCAGAAGGCACCAGUUGUGCAUAUUCAGAAGGAAACGAUGAAUCACCAAUCAAAGACAUCCCAGUCGAAGGUCCAGUGGAUGGAUUUCCCAACGAAAACCACAAUUCCGCGAGCUCAUCUCCCGUUGAUCAGGAUCAUGAUAGAGUGAAAUUGACUCUAAGUCAUAGUCAAGCUAAUGACUUGACUUUGUCUGGCGUUAUACAAGUCGAAAGAGAUGUACCAAUUGCAUCGGGAGAUGGAAAUGCAUUGAAGCGUGUGAUGUCUAUGCAAUCUCAGGUAUCAUCCUUGGAAAACUCGAAUGGAUGGUUCUGGAAGCCAUUUCCAGAGAUUUUGGAGAUUUACAUGGAGGAUCUUCAGAGAGGGUUCACACCAAAGUUCAAGCCUAUUAAUAACGGGUACACUCUGGAAAACGUGCCUUCCGCCUAUCAACUGAUCACUGAAGAAGGGUCAAGGCUCCACAUACCUCUUGGAAAUGGAAAUGACAUUGUGAGAGACUAUGAUGGCGAGCUCUCCAGCAUCAUUGCUUGUGCACUUGCAUGUUUGAAAGAUCUUCCUUUCACAUCAGAGUUUCUCAAUGACGAGGGAAAAAUUAAUGAUAUUUUAUCACAUUGGUCAUCUGGUGGUUCUGAUUCUGAAAUAAUCCAGUCCGUCGUCAGCAUUUCUUCCGAAGAGUCUGUCUUCUCCAGCUUUAACGGGCUGAAUUUGUUGGAUUCUACAGACCCUCCCGAGACUCUUAGCCCUGAAGUGUCUUUAGGGGUGGCAAACACCCUUGGAAAGGGCAGAUAUUCAGUGGUUUGUGUGUAUGAUAAGGAGUUCCGUGAACUUAGGAAUCACUGCUGUCCUUCGGAACUUGAUUUCAUUGCUUCUCUUAGUCGCUGCAAGAACUGGGAAGCUAAAGGUGGCAAAAGCAAAUGCUUUUUUGCCAAAACACUGGAUGACAGGUUCAUUAUCAAGGAGAUUAAGAAGACAGAGUUCGACUCUUUCGUGAAGUUUGGUCCAGAGUAUUUCAAGUACAUGAAUGAGUCGUUUGAGUUGGGGAACCAGACAUGUCUGGCAAAAGUUCUUGGUAUUUAUCAGGUGAUUGUUCGGCCUCCAAAAGGUGGGAAAGAGAUGAGGAACGAUUUGAUGGUGAUGGAGAACCUAACUUUCGGCCGAGACAUUACUCGUCAAUAUGAUCUAAAAGGCGCCCUGCACGCAAGGUACACUGCAGUCAUCAAUGACCCCGGCGAAGUUCUGUUGGAUCAGAACUUUGUCGACGACAUGAACUCCUCUCCUCUCUAUGUCAGCACCACGGCGAAACGUUACCUGGAACGUGCGGUUUGGAAUGACACCAUAUUCCUCAAUUCGAUCAAUGUGAUGGACUACUCUUUAUUCGUCGGGGUAGAUGUGCAACGCCAAGAACUCGUGUGUGGGAUCAUCGACUACCUCAGACAGUACACAUUGGACAAGCAACUGGAGACGUGGGUCAAGUCCUCCCUCGUGGUCCCCAAGAACGUGCAGCCGACGGUAAUCUCCCCCAGGGAGUACAAGAAGAGGUUUCGGAAGUUCAUAUCGAACCACUUCCCGAGUGUCCCCGAUAACUGGUGCAGGGAGAAGAAGCCUUGUGAUCCCUGCGAGCUCUGUGGGUUCGAUGAAGAAAGCAUCUGAAUCAAGGAAGGACAACAACAGCAAUGAAUCUUCCUCUUAAUAAUUCCGGGUUAUUUCCCGGGCUUGUUCAUCUGGUUAGUCAUCAUUCUUAGCCAUUUUUCUUAUAUUCACUGAAGCCGGUGUAAAAUGCAUAGUGUAGAUGUUAGAUUGUGUUUGUGAAGUUAAUGCAAGUGAACCACCCAACCAGCCCCAUUGAUGGUAGCAACUUUUUAAGCAAAAUUCAUGGGAGUUGAGGGGAAAUUUCUUUACUGUUUGAUUUUUUUUACUGAAAGGAGGGCUUAUAGCUAUACCAUGAACUAUGGUUAGUUGGUUACUAACUUUUUUUUUGUUGUAAAAGCCUUUCAAGAUUAACUUGUAAUGCAAGUAACACUCUAAGAGAGCCUCAGAAGAAACUGGGGCAGAUUGUAUUGAAAGCAAUGCACUAUGCAUGAUUAUUAUCUCAAUCCAGUCCAAUGAUUUCCAGCAAUACAAGACAUCUGUCUUGGCAUGAUCCAUGAAUGUUGGAUUGCACAUUUCGCUUUCGCAAUCCCUUAAUGCACUUAGCGGCAGUUCUGCAGAUGAUUAUUAUCCUAUGCGUUCAAUGACCUUGAAUCGUGAAACGUGCGGGACAUCCUCACUCAAAUAGACACGACGAGGGUCGUAACCGGAUCCGUCUGAUAUGGCUAGCGUGGGACUGGAGAGACCUUAUAUGGGUGAGUGAAGGAGUAGAGCAUCUGGUGGAAAAUAGCAGAUGUGUCAUCAUAUGCUGGAAUAAAGGACCUUACAAUGUUCCUCCAUUUUGGCCAAAUUUUCAACAUCCCCAACUUAAGGGGGCGGAAUGGCUGAAAUGUGAAAGUACAGGUAGCAUAGAAGUAAUUCUCCAAAGCCUUGAAAUUAUUUCCCGAGUGCAAACAAGACGUCUUUGGUUACGCAAAUAGGCGUCAGUCAAUUGGCCUUCUUUGUCCUAAAUCACGGGCAAGACGACAUUUCUUAGUUUUCCUGGUCAAUUAUUUGAAAGAAACAAUCUUGGAGUGACUUAGUUAAUUAGACUAAUAAUAAUAGACUUAUACUAAGUCA